AUGAACUCCGGCAUACAGAACAUCGUUAUUUCCCUUGGCGCGAUGCAAGUUGCCCGUCGAAUUCCAUUCGAUGACCCGGAAGUUCUCAACUAUGUGCGGAUAGGUUAUGUUACAAGUCAAGUCAUCAUCAUGGGUGCAUACUUCUAUGUUUCCUACAAGGUCAGGCAGAAGAAUGACCAGACCGUCUUGAAAUAUGUCGAUUCACCAAACCCCAUGUCGUCCGACUCUGGAGGACUCGUGACUACCACGGUCCGCGACUAUGACCUGUCCGAAACGUCGAAACUGCUUCGUGCUGCGUACUUUGGUGUCGCCAUGAUGGCCUUCUUCCAUUUGUACAUGAAGUACACCCAGCCUCUCUUUAUUCAAGCCCUUAUGGGUUUGAAGAAUCUAUACGACGCAAAGCCUGUUGCCAUUCACGUCCUUGGGAAGCCCGCAGAGGGCGAUCUGAAGAGACCGUUCAAGGCUGCAUCAAUGUUCGGAGCUGCUGCCGGUCCUCAAACAGACGCAGCAUCGAUUACAGAAGCAGAAAAGAAGAUUGGUGCAAAGAAGGAGGAUUAG